AUGAAAUCAUUUUUAGCAAUUCCAUUAACCGUCCUUUUAACCUCCCUCACACCUUUGGUAGAUGCAUGGGGCGCAGAUGGACAUAAAGCAGUAGGACAAAUCGCACAAAAUAUUCUUAAAUCAAAUGUAGAACGUCAGGUAGCAGAGUUAUUUCAAGACAAAUCAUUUGGUGGUCAAUUAGCUCCUGCUUCUUUAUGGGCUGAUACGAUAAAAAAACAAAAAGGUAGUCCUUUUGCUUUUUGGAGUGCUCCUUUACAUUUUAUUGAUACUCAAGAUAAUCCUGGUAAAAGUUGUUCUGUUGAUGAAGAAAGGGAUUGUCCUGAUGGCGUUUGUGUUGUUGGUGCAAUCGCCAAUUAUACCACACAAUUGGACUGUGAAAAUGGAUUCGAUAGAGAUACAAGAGAUAUCGCCCUUCGUUUCUUAACACAUUUUUUUGGGGACAUCACUCAACCUCUACAUGUCUGUGGACGUUCUAAAGGUGGAAAUGAUGUUGACGUAACCUUUGAUGGUCGUAAAACAAAGUAG